AUGGGUCGAAACCGACUGUCAUCUAUUCCGGCACUUAAUGAUACAAACAAUGUUAUCAUUACAGAUGCCAUUAAGAAAGUUGAAAUCUUGAAUUCACAUUUCGCGACUAUAUGCACGUGGAGAGGUCCACAACUUGACCUAUCUGCAGCUGAUUCCUUACCGUCAACCGGUUAUAAGUUGAGCUCUUUUACUGUUUCUUACUCCUCUGUUUGCUCGAUUAUUGAAAAAUUAGACUGCAAUCGUGCAGCUGCUCCAAGCUUAACUAACCGUAUGUUAAAGAAUAUUGAGCCAUCGAUCGCUCCAACACUUGUAGAUAUUCUUCAACACUCGUUUUCAUCAGGAGUCUUUCCUCAACAAUGGAAGCGAGGCCUUGUGAAUCCCCUAUUCAAGUCUGGAGAUUCUCUGGAUCCAAAUAGCUAUCGACCUGUCACAUUACUGCCUGCCUUGUCGAAAGUUUGUGAACGUGUGGUUUUUCGCCAAUUGUAUAAUUACUUAACAAAGAAUAAACUUUUGUCUCCAUUUCAGUCUGGUUUUAUUGCUAAAGAUAGUACGACAAAUACGCUUCUUGACGUUGUUCAUAAAAUAAACGCUGGUUUGGAGGAUCAUCACUAUGUUCGAGCUGUUUUGUUAGAUUUUCAGAAAGCAUUUGAUAAUGUUAGUCAUCAAGGAUUGCUGCUUAAGUUAGAGAAAAGGGGAAUCCAAGGAAAAGCUCUGAAAUGGUUUGAGAGUUACCUUAUUGGACGCACGAUUCAAACAAUACUAGAAGGUGUGAUCUCGAGUCCCUUGAAAAUUGAUAAAGGUGUUCCGCAAGGUUCAGUGCUGGGUCCGCUCCUCUUUCUACUGUAUAUUGACGAUUUACCAUUGAAUAUUCAAAGCACCAUUAAAUUGUACGCUGAUGAUGUUUUUCUGGUUAGCCAUCAUAACGAUCCACUUGUUGCUACUGCUAUUUUGAAUAAAGAUCUUGAACGGGUGCGCAGCUGGUCGCUUUAUCUUGUACCUUUCCUUGUACUCCUACCUUUGGUCAUGUUCUAUAGUAAAAAAGAAGAGAACAAUAUUCAUAAAUAUGAGAAUGGUCAAGUACAUGUCGAGAUCAAAAAUAUAUUUGAUGCACAUCAAAAACAAUUUCAUUUGAACUGGCCAGAUGUUGCUGUUGUGAUAUUACUAAUAAUUGUUGGUUUUGCACUGGCCUAUCUAUCUGUUCGAUAUUCACUGAAGAAGAAAUGGAAACAACUUCAGUUGCUUCGAUCAUUAGUGUAUUAUUCUGCGCAACAGCAGCGACAUGAAUCUGAACAACAGCAAGUGUAUACUGUCUCAAAUGAUCAUGUAAGCAUUUCGAUAACCCAAUCGUGUGAAGAAGGAUUCACGUCAUCUGCUCGUCGUCUUCCAUAA